AUGGCUCUAGAUGUAGAGAAGGGAUACGGCGACACAUUUCUGCAGACAGAGCAGCAGACUGCUGGCGAGUCUGAGCACCUGCGGGACAGGCCCAAUCCGUGGAUCUCUAACCCUCGUCUUCCUCCGGACCGACACGCAGGCGGUAGCAUCGCAGCAUCCACAAGAGUCAAGCUGGAGGAGAGCGCUCACGCCGAACCUGUCCCACUGAAAAACCGCGUAGCUGUGUACCAGGCGGCGGUUUCCAAACAGGACAGAACAGGCUUCUCCAGUUCGGUCAUGGAGGAAGCCGAGGUUUGUUCCCUGCCUGGGGGUCUGGCCAGCGUCCGCAGACAGUUCGAGAAUGAGAGCAUGUCAUCGACUCACACGAUCACCCAGAUUCACCAAACACACAGAUCUGUGCAGGAGGUGUCGAAUUCAUCAGCGAUGAGCGUGGCGAGCGGCAGCGGGGGUCGACACGUCUCGCAGCAGGUCUUCCUCCAGGAUGAAAGGGCUGCACGUGAUCAAAGCGCUCAUAACCGGGAGGUUGUUUCCAGUUAUGAGAAUCAUCACAAUGAAACGGAGGAGGAAGAGUACUAUCCAAGGCUCUCGACUAAAGAACUGGCACAGCAUUUUGAAAAGACUAUUGAGGAGGCAGCCCCCAGCAAGAAAAUUAAGAUUGAUCGUGACAAAAGUCGUACUCAGCUGUCAUCAGAUGUGAGCGUGUCCCAUCAAACUGUGAAGAGUGAAAUAUCAAGUACUCUAAAUAGUGUUGCCUCAGACAAAGUGGAGGAAGGUGAACUGAGUUAUGAGUUUGCUUUUGAUGAUGAUGAUGACAACGAUGAAGAUGAUGAUCUGGAUUAUCUGCCACCACCCCCACCAGAUUUACUGGAAGAACCUUCAUAUGCCGCAGAAAACUUUCCGGAACCUCCAGUGAAACACACAGUGAACAGACAGCAAUACUACAAACAGAGGGAGCUAUUAGAGCUAAAACGUCUGUGCAAACACAUUCACCCUGAUGUCAGGAAAGACCUGGAAAGAGAUUUUUACGAUGACGAGGACACUGAAGCGGUAGGAGACGUUCAAGAGGCCGCAUACCAGUUUGAACAUACCGGCAGCAAUUCAAACGGAAGCCCGGAUCGUGAAUAUUUGGAGUGGGACGAGAUUCUGAGAGGAGAAGUGCAGUCCAUGCGCUGGAUGUUUGAGAACAAACCCUUGGACUGCAUUAAGGAUGAUUCAGAUAACGAAGAUGAUGGCAAAAUGUUCAAUCAGCAGGAAAUCAUUGCUGGAGGUGACGUUAAGAACAGGGCUUUGAUGUUUGAGACGCAGCCCAUGGAUGCACUGGGAUUGCAACGGGAUUCAGCUAAACAGAACUAUCUAGUGAAUGAAGUGGGGAAGAGAGAUGUGCGGGCAGCCGCCUGGUUGUUUGAGACAAAGCCGAUGGAUACGCUAAAUAAAAUUCACACUGAUGAUGAGCAAACCAAAGAAGUUAUUUUCACACAGGAAGUCGACGAAGGGGAUGUGAAGUCUGUGAGGUACAUGUUUGAAAACCAAGAAAUGGACUCUCUGGGCGACACUGAAACUAUGGAUGAGAAGCAGCUGCUGAGCCUGAAGUCUGUACUGGAGGAGAUCAAGUCAGAAGUGAAGAAAGUCAUAUGGAUGUUUGAGACGCAGUGCCUGUGUGUAAUGAGGGAACACUCUGGUGAGAUGGUGUUGAUUACUUCUGUCCGCCGAGAGGAAACGGAGAAAGGUGAUGUCAAAACAUCAAGAUGGCUCUUCGAAACGCAGCCUUUGAAUGACAUUGACAUGGACAUUUCUCAAGUCAGGCUUAUCUCCAGCAUAUCCAUGGAAGACAAUCAGCUUGGUGAUGCAAAAAGGGGAAGGUGGUUGUUUGAAACAAAGAAACUUGACUCCAUAAAUGCUCAAUGGGAGAGGCUGCAAAAGCAGCAGAAAGAAGAGAUUCUUGGGGCAGAUGUACGCAAACACUGCAUGGCGUUUGAGACACAGCCUAUGGACACUCUUAAAGAUGAUGCCAACUCCAGACCGGUCUCUUCAGAACAGAUUAUUGGAGGUAACGUUCGCUCUGUGAGACACUUGUUUGAAAACGCUCUACCGGAUGAAUUCAAAGAGCUUCCAGAAGUGGGAAAACUAGAUAAAAAAGCAGUCUUUGAAGAAGGAAGAGGUGAUGUGAGACACCAAAAAUGGAUGUUUGAGAAUAAACCUCUGGAGAACAUUAAAGAUGAGGAUGAUGACAUAAACCAACUUAAGAAAACCAUAACAACUGAUGAAGAAAGAGGCGAUGUGAGACAUCAAAAAUGGCUGUUUGAGAACCAGCGUUUGGAAGACAUACAAGAGCAAAAGAGAGAGAUUGUGAAGACAGUUGACUCAGAACAAAUAGAUAGAAGUUAUAAGGGUGAUGUCCGCAGAAAUUGUUGGGUGUUUGAGACGCAACCGAUGGAUUUGUUAAAGGAUGAUUCCAAUGCCAGGCCAGUAAGUGCAGAAGAAAUUAUAGGAGGUGACGUUCAGUCUGCCAGACACUUUUUUGAGACUGCGCCAAAAGAUGAGAUGAAAGAGCUUGCAGAGGUGGGGAAGCUCAAAAGAAUGAUGACAUCUGAGGAGAAAGGAGACGUUCGGCACCAGAAGUGGCUGUUUGAGAGCCAGCCACUGGAGCAGAUCAGAGAGGAGAGAAAGGAAAUAACAAGAACGGUGAAUCUGGAGGAUAUAGAAAAUGUGGAUGUGAGCAACUACACGCAAAUUUUUGAAACAUAUGAUUUAAGCCAAUAUGACGAAAGUCAGAAGAUUCAAGUUGAGGGUGUCACAACUGGCUCUGUUAGAUCAAAUAAAAAUCUGUUUGAGUCCACACCAUUAUAUGCACUGCAAGACAGCUCCGGGCAUUAUUAUGAGGUCAGAACUGUACGGAGGGAGGAAAUCGUCAAAGGAGACGUCAGAAGCUGCCAGUGGAUGUUUGAAACUCGCCCUAUUGACCAAUUUGACGAGAGCAUCACUAAAUUCCAAAUAAUAAAGGGCAUAACACAACAAGAGAUUGAAUCUGGAGAUGUCAAGACGGCAAAAUGGCUUUUUGAAACCCAGCCUCUUGAUGCCAUUAAGUAUUUUAGCAAUAUUGAAGAUGAGGAGUGUGUUACUAGGGAAACAGAAGAAAUAGUCAAAGGUGAUGUUAAAACCUGUAAGUGGCUUUUUGAGACCAAACCUAUAGACAUGCUUUAUGAAAGGGAAGAGCUUAAGAGUACAAAAGAUUCUGAUGAAGUUCAAAAAGGUGAUGUGAAAACAUGCACUUGGCUUUUUGAAAGUCAAACUCUUGAUGCUAUACAGGACAACUCAGAAACGGUGUUGCAAACUCGCACUGUGAAACAAGAGGACAUUCAUGGAAAAGAUGUCCGCAUGGCACGUUUCUUAUUUGAGACUGAGAACCUGGAGAACAUAAGUGAAGGACAGCGAGAAGAUUUUAAGAGUGUUACUGAGAUAGACAUACAAUCUGGGGAUGUGUCUCGGAUGAAGUAUAUAUUCGAGACCCAAUCUUCCGAUGUUAUGAGCUCAACCUCUGAGGAUUUCAUGAGACAGCUGAGGAGUGCUCAAGCUGAGGAUAUUCAGAAAGGAAAUGUUGGAAAUUGCAAGUGGUUAUUUGAAAACCAACCCAUGGACAAAAUCACAGAGAACCCCGGCGAGCUAAAAGGAGCUCGUACAGUACAAGACGUUCAAGGAGGAAAUGUUGAUAAAGGCAGAUUUAUUUUUGAGACCUACACAUUAGAUAACAUUCAAGAUGCAUCCUCUGAGGCCGAAAUAAGAAAGCUGCAGAAAGUCAUCAGAGAGGAUGAGGAGAAAGGUGAUGUUAAAACGUAUGCAAUGAUGUUUGAGACUCAGCCUCUCUAUGCCAUCCAAGACAAAGAAGGCCACUAUCAUGAAGUGACCACACUUACAAAAGAAGAAAUACAUAGAGGUGAUGUAGUUGGAGCCCGUUGGCUGUUUGAAACAAAACCUCUGGACUCAAUUAGAGAGACGGAUGAGGUCUAUCUUCUAAAAGCCGUUACAGAGGAAGAUAUCCAAAAAGGUGAUGUUAACUCAGCAAGAUGGAGGUUUGAAACACAGCCCCUUGAUAAGAUUGCAGAAGAUGCCAAAAUAUCAAUCAAAACUGUUGAGGACAUUCAGGGAGGCGAUGUAAAGACAAACAAGCAGCGAUUUGAAUCUGAUGCAUUGUCUGAAAAGUUGGUGCGUACGGUCAGCAUGAGUGAGAUUCACAAAGGGGAUGUUAGGACAGCAAAAUGGAUGUUUGAAACUCACUCAAUUGAUCAGAUACAUGCUGAAAAGUCAGAAGAUGAGUUGAAAACUGUUGUUAUGGAGGAACAGCUGAAGGGGGAUGUCAAACAGUCUGUGUGGCUAUUCGAGAAGAAUCCUCUUGAUCAUAUUAAUGAAAGUGACGAAAGUAAACAGGUUAUUUGUGAAGAAAUCCCCAAAGCAGAUGUCAAAACCACAACUUGGCUUUUUGAAACUACGCCGUUCACUGAAUUUAAUGAAAACAGCUUGGAGAAGACAGAAAUCGUUGGUAAAAGUGUUAAAGCCACCCUCUACGAACUGUUCACCCAAAGAAUGGUAGACAACAAAGGUAUCAUCAUAGAGGCCGAUGAAAUUGGAGAUGUUCGCAUGGCUAAGUACAACCUCUUGAAUAAAGAAGCUCCCCAGAUCCAAAGAGAAGAAAUCAUUAAAGGAGAUCUGCAAAACAUCAUGAUGAACCUCCUUAACAGACAGGAGAAAACUGAGAGGGGAAUCGUUAUAAAUGCAGAGGAGAGGGGAGACAUCAGCGGUGCCGUACAACAGCUGCUCCAAGAGCACAGCAGCACCUCUGUGGAAAAAGAGGAGAUAAUGAGAGGUGACAUUCAGGAAGCCAUAAACAACCUGCUGAAAGAGGAGAGCACUGGCAAACGGGGCAUUCUCAUUCAAGAAGACGAAAAGGGAGAUGUGCGUAUGACGAUCUACUCUUUAUUCAAUUCUUCCGAGGAAUCAAGUGCUCAGAAAGAAAAUAUAGUUGGAGGCAAUGUUAAAGGGUGCCUUGAGAGACUUUGCAAUCCAGACACAGAGGAGAUUGUGAGAAUUAAAGUGGAUGAAGCAGAGAGGGGAAAGGUGAGCUUUUAUUCUACAUGUAUUGAGUCAGGUGCACUGGAUUACCUCAAAAAGCUGCAGGUAGAGCCAGAUGAGGCUGACCCAGGGAAGAUUGAAAAAGAGGAAAUCAUCGGUGGUGAUAUUAAGGGAAUGAAACUCAGCCUGACACGUAAUCAAGCUGAAAUCGGUCGUCUGGUGGACAGGGAAGAUAUAGUCCCAGGCGAUGUUCAUAACACAGUUAAGGUUUUCAUGACCGAGCCUCUGGUCUCAUUUGAACAUUUACAGAGAGAAGAGAUUGUGAGAGGAGACCUUCAAGCUGUGAUGAAUUCCCUGACACAGUCUGUAAACCAGACGGUUGUUUUGGAGAAAGAAGAAGUAAUUCGAGCUGAUUUACCUACAACCCUGAGGUCUCUAGAGGAGGCCCAAAAUCAGCCCAGAGAGGUGGAAAAGCCUGAAAUCAUUCCUGGUAACAUCAAAGGAGCGCUGAAAUCGCUAAAAGACUCGGCCUCCACCAAGGCGGAAAUUGUCAUAGAAGAUUUAGUGCCAGGUGACAUCAAAGGUACGUUGAAAUCACUGGAGGAGGCCAAACAUGCAGUGAGAGAGGUGGAGAAGGAGGUGAUCGUAAAGGGUGACAUUCACACGGCAAUACAGAGUCUACAUGAAGCGUCAAAUGAGAGAAAGGUUUGCCAGCAGGACAUUGGCGUCCAGGGAGAUGUGAAAGGCAAGAUUCAGCUCUUACUUGAGCCUCCUCCAUCUCCCAGAAUGCAGCGCAGAGCAAGCACAGAGGGCGACGUGAAGCUUUCCAUAAAAUCACUCUAUGACACCCAAGAGCAAGUGCUAUCAGAGAAGGAAGAAGUGAUAAAAGGAGACGUUAAGGGCACAAUAAAAUCCUUAAUGGAAACAGCACAGAGAGCAAGCCCAACGAUUCCCCGAAGGCAGCCGAUAAGAAAGGUCAAAGUUCCUGCCAAGACCCCGUCUCCAUCAAUGAAAGACAUCCCGGCACAGCAGCCCAUCCCUGCAGUUAAAAACCUUGAUAUGAGCAGUGAAUCAAAGAGAAGCGCUCACAAGCAAUCAAUGCAAAACAGAUACAAAUCUCAAGAGAGCACUGCAAUCACCACUCACACCACAGCAUGCAGCCAGGAGACAAAGACCACAGUGCUGGAGCACAAAACAAUUGUUCAAACGCAUGGCAUCAAAACAUUGAAGACAGACUUCCGUAACCUGAAAAAAAGUGGCUGUAAGGGGUUAAUCAAAUUGGAUAAAAGAAAACAGCAGGAAAUCCAUAUGCCCCCUCCACCACCUGACCCCGAACCACCUCUGCCUCCCCCUCCAACGCCCCCUCCGGAUUACGAUAGCAUCUCUUUCCCCACUCCUCCUCCGAGCAUUAGGGGUGAUCACGAUCUCCCCCCUCCACCUACUCCUCCUCCUCCUCCUCCUUCAUGUGAUCCAGCCAAGACAGAACUUGAACAUUUACCACCUCCACCAACCCCACCACCUCUUGCCAUGGCUGAGCUAGACCUCCUCCCUCCGCCUCCCACAGAACAGGAGCUAGACCUGCUUCCGCUGCCCAACUUAACACCAUCCAAACCCACUAAAAUGACUGUCAAACCCGUCAAAGCACCAAAAUUGUGUAAAGUACCCAAGCUGGAGCCAACGAUUUCAUUUGAGCAAAUGAAUAUUCAGACUACACAAGAGACCAAGAGAAGAAAAAAUGUCACCGCAUCAUCAGUUAAGUCAACCGUGAUAACCUCUGAAAUUCAGUCUGUGUUUACAAAACAGCCACCGGACUCUCCAAGGCCUCCCAAGAAAGUUUUCGCACCCUUGACGCUCACCCCACCCGCCUCUCCUCCUCCGCCAUCCAAAUCUCCGGUAAGCAAAUUCAAAACCCCAUUAAUACAAGCUGAACAGAAGUACAGACAGCAGAGGGAGGAAAGCUGCACGCCGCCACCGCCGUGCUCCCCGGCCUUUGAAAUCUGCAUGCACGAGUCAGUCAGUGCAGCCCUUGAAAUGCUUUCUUCAGAGAGCACAGGCGCGGUGCAAUCAGAGGCAAGCAUAUCAUUUGAUUUCACUCAAGAGAGAGCUCAAAAGAGUGUGACCAAAUCCGAAUCAGCCACAGACUCAUAUGAUUCAUCCAAGCACACAGCUCUCUCAAACGCUCCCCCAAGCAAGGCUUUGAUCGCUGCCACAAAUGAGAAAUCUCCUCCAGAAUCUCCUGUUAUUUCCUCAGUUAAACAGAACAUUAUCUCUAAUCAGUCAUCGCAGGGCUCGUCAGGUCAGCAGCAGACCACCUCCACUUCAGCUAAAAAGAAAAAGAAGAGAUCCGUGACAACCAAUAUACAACAGGUAACUAAGACGGUUAUUAAAAAUGCAACCAAAGAAGAAAUAAAAAUGGACAAACCUCAAUGUAAAAAUGAAUCUGAGACUGUUGGAAAAGAUGUGAGCAGCAUAUCCGAGGACAAAACAAAAGAGGAAAGCUCUCAGAAGAAAAAUCAAGACAAAAACUCCCCUGAUCGAUCCCGACCAAACAAAGAGAUUCAAAUUAAGAAUGCUGAGCAGAAGCCCCAAAAGGUUGAUAGUCAAAAGGCUAAGAAAGUUAGUAAGAGUGCUAAACUGGAAAGCAAGGAGAAAGCCACAGUGGAGCUGGAGGAUGUUCAGGUGAAAGAAAGCAGAGAAAAAAGCCCCACAGAAACAGAGAAUAAAGUGGAGAAAGAGGUCAAAGAGAAACCUGUAGAGGGGCCCCCUGCCACUCCAAAAAAGAAAAGGAGGAAUAAAAGUAAGAAAGACAGAGAAGCCGCUCAAAGCAACAAUGGCGCAUCCAUCUCACCCACAGAGGCCACGCCUGCUGAGCCUAAGUGGCCAGUCCUGACAUCUGAUGAAAAACAAGAAGAAAUCACCGUUGUGCAAACACAGCACACCAUUCAAAUGGGACACACUGAGGUUUACACGGAGGUCAUGAAAUCUGAAAGUACAGUCCAGGAGCAGAGUUUCCAGGAGGAGGGCGCGACUGUAAAACUUCAAAAGCAGGCCAGUGGAAGCCAGCAGAUUCCUAAGGAAUCAAAAGAUGAAAGCAAAAAUGUUCCAAUAAAAAUGACAGGCAAGUCUGCACAAAAGGAGCCUGCCGAGUCCUCGACGGAGAGCGCCGGCACAUCUCUAAGACAAGCCGAAGCGCUGAAGAUGUUGUCUCGUAUCUCAGAGUUACAGGGGGUUGCGGGAAAAAUUGACUCUAAGUCUGUGAAGACGUUACUCAAUGAAAUGCCCGCCUGGCUUCUGGGGCCAGAGGAGAAGAGUGAUUUGGAAGGGGCAGCUGCCGAACACAACGAACUGAAGCUUAAAGAAAUUCUUGCUCAUGUUGAAAGCCUUGUUCAAGCUAAGCUAAUGCACUUUGACUGCGCUAUUGAAAAGCAUGAAUGCGAGGCCACCUCUGAAAAAUUUGUUUCUAGUGGAGCCAUACAAAGGAUUUCGAAGAUUUCCAUUGGUUCUACAAAGUGUGAAACACAGAAAGUGGUCAGAGAAGAGACGAAAACGUCACGCAAGAGUCGAAAGCAACAGAUGAGUAGCGUUACAACUCUUGACCCCAGAGCUCCAUCCCCAUUGUUACGGAUGCGCUCUCCCUCACCUACGUUCAUCACCAUCGAGUCUACACGGAGAACCGACUCGCCACAGAGGGCAGCACCUUCCCCUUCCCCAACACCACCAACGCCUCCUCCUCGCAGGUCUGAGACGCCAAGCUCUCGCUUAAGCAGGGCCUCCCCUUCACCCUCCUCGAAUCGGGCAGAUAGUCUGACACGGCUCAGAAAUGCCACAGCUACGCUCUCCUGUGGUGCAUCGCCAGAUCCGGUGCCUCACCUUGUGACAACCCCUGGAAAGAAGUCAGAAAUUGUGGAAUCUCCCGUCACGUUCCAACGCCAGAUCAAAAUUGAUUCUAAACCUGCAGACGAAGAGACUGUAGGGUCUUCUGAAACACAAAUGGUGACCAUUGAAGGGAAUAACUCUACCGUAAGUGGAGAUGCCAUUAUUAUUCCAGAGUGUUUAGGCCCCAACAACGAGACAGGAAAAGAGAAUGAAAAUCUCUCUAAGGAUGACCUCUCUGGACAAGCUAAAACAACAGAGAUGUCAGAGGGGAAAAUUGUUAUUAGAAAAGACCCAACUGACAAUACAGAGAAGCCUGGCAGGGAAACUGAAGACCUGGAGCCUGAUACGGGGAAGAAAGCAAGACAACAAGAGGAUAUGGCUGCUUUCAACAUCAAGGAUAUUAAAAAUGUUUUUGAAAUGAGUGAGCAAAGUUCCCCCAUCAAAGAGCUACAAAACAAACAGGAGGAACAGGAGUCAAGAGUGAGUGAAAUUGCAUCUGAAGGUUCAAAGCCUGAGCUUCCUCCAGAGAGGGAACAAUGCUCCCAGCAGAGCUCCCCUCCGCUUGUGAGCAGAGAUUUGAAAGUAGACAAGUCUGUCGAUCCAACAGGCUUUUCAGAAUCAAAAACAGUCACUGAACGUUAUUCUUCUGUUGACGAGUUCGGCACUAAAAUUAUCGGAUCAAGAAGCACCACGACGGUUUCCUCGCACUCUGAAAGCGUUACGACACAGUGGGUGCCGUUUUCCUAUGCUGAUGCUGUGAAGAAAAAGACUUCAGAGGUGAUGGCGUCACCUGAAGCUUCUGCAGAGGAACUGAUGAAGAACUUCCAUAAAACGUGGACAGAAAGUGAGAGUGUGUUCAAAGGCUUAGGUGUCACAGAUUCGAGUACCAAAGUCGGAGAUGUGUGCAGUGUGCAAGAAGAGGGUUUACCCCAUGGAAGGCCUGAUAGCCGACAAAAAGAAGUUCCAUAAAUCCUGUUUUUUAUGUGAGCACUGCAAAAACAAAUUGAGCCUUGGAAACUUUGUCUCUCUCCAUGGACAUUUAUACUGCCAGCCACAUUAUAAACAACUCUUCAAGUCUAAAGGGAAUCUCGAGGAUGGAUUUGGACAAGGAUCGCAAAGGGAUUUACUGGGCGUCCAGGAAGCAG